GGGUCCCGGCCCGGGGCGGGGGCUGCCCUGAGCCCCCCGUCGGCAUGGUGGGCCCUCGGUGGCCGGUGGUGUUGCGCGGGGAGUUCCUCCUGGGCCCGGGCUCCCGGUUGGCGCUCACCCUGAGCGGCAACGGGGAGCCCCCCGGUUCGACGGUCCCCCUGUCCGACUGCCUCCGCUGCCUCUCGUCCCCCGGAGGGGGGUCGGGGGACCCCUCGGCCUACCUCAGCCUCGUCUGCUACCCGGCCCGCCAACGCUUCCGCGUGCUCGUCUCCCCGGACCCCGCCGACGACCACCGGGAGGCCGAGCUGUGGGCCCGCUGGACGCCCCGAGACCCCCACGACGGCCAGGACCGCGGCCCGCCGGACACCUUCCUGCCGCGGCCGAGCCGGGUGCUGGUCCUGCUGAACCCCCACGGGGGCACCGGCCGGGCGCUCAAGCUGUUCGAGACGCGCGUCCGGCCCAUGCUGGCCGAGGCCGACGUCGCCUUCACGCUGCUGCUGACCGAGCGACCGAACCACGCGCGAGAACUGGUGCGGGAGGUGGAGCUGGCCCGCUGGGACGCGUUGGUGGUCAUGUCCGGGGACGGACUGAUGCACGAGGUGGUGAACGGGCUGAUGGAGAGGCCGGACUGGGAAGCGGCCAUCCAGAAGCCGCUGUGUACGCUCCCCGGAGGCUCCGGCAAUGCCCUGGCGGCGUCCGUGAACCACUAUGCCGGGAACGAGCAGGUGACCAACGAGGAGCUGCUGACCAACUGCACGCACCUGCUGUGCCGGGGCCUGCUGGCGCCCAUGGACCUGCUGUCGUUGCAGACGGCCUCCGGACGCCGCCUCUUCUCGCUGCUCAGCCUGGCGUGGGGCUUCAUCGCCGACGUGGACGUGGAGAGCGAGAAGUACCGGCGGCUGGGCGAGACGCGCUUUACCCUGGGCACGUUGCUGCGCCUGGCCACGCUGCGCACCUACAAGGGCCGCCUGGCCUACCUGCCCAGCGAGGGCCCGACCCCGCGGGCUCCCGGCUCCGGCGAUCCCUCCCCGCCGGUCCCCGGACCCGGCGACCCGUCCCCGCCGGCCUCCGGGCCCACGGACUCGCUGCUGGUGCCGCUGGAGCAGCCGGUGCCCGCGCACUGGACCGUGGUGCCCGAGGAGGACUUCGUGCUGGUCCUGGCGCUGCUGCAGUCGCACCUGGGCACGGAGAUGUGCGCGGCCCCCAUGGCGCGCAGCGCCGACGGGAUCAUCCACCUCUUCUACGUGCGCGCCGGCAUCUCGCGCGUGGCCCUGCUGCGCCUCUUCCUGGCCAUGGAGCGGGGCGUGCACCUGGAGCAGGGCUGCGCGCAACUGGUGCACGUGCCCGUGUCCGCCUUCCGCCUGGAGCCGUGCGCCGGCCGGGGCGUGCUCACGGUGGACGGGGAGGUGGUGCCCAGCGAGGCGGUGCAGGGCCAGGUGCAUCCGGGCCUCUGCCGGAUCGUGGGCGGCGUCCCCGAGCCCAGCUCGGGCGGAGGGGCGGCCACCCCCGGCUCCUGAGCGGGGGCGGCCGCCCGGGAUCCGAGCGGGAGAGGGGCCCGAUCCAAAGCUCCCGGAACAGGGCAGGGGCAAGGCCAGGCUCAACCC